CUGAAGUGAUGUCAGCAUGAUGGAGAUAGCAAUCAAAAGAACGAUGUAUCGAUGGAUGGCCUGUCACUGUUGAGACCCUUGCGCGCCUGCCUCAGUGAAGCUUGAGCGCUUGAUCGGCCUGCUGAUAGCUGACUCGAUGAAGGCUGAGAAGGUCAAUCGCAUCGACGAGUCAGUCUACCAAUAUUCCAGCUGGGCUCCGAUCGAUCUCGCGUCCGUCCACAGAAAUCUCUCCCGACCGCGUCACAGCCGUCGGCGCGCAGUGCUGCACGCAACACGGCUGCAGUCAGAUCAUCCCAGGCUGGUCGCGAGAAUGGCGCUCCUGCUAGAUGCCGGUACGUUGCGCAUGUUCACGCCGAUCUCGCCUGGCCAAAUGCCGAUCGCUCGCGUCGCAGACGAGGUCUGGCUGACGAACUCAUCCAUCUCGGGCGGAUCCAUCGAGCAGCGCUCAUCUGCGCCCGAUCAUCCAACUGCAGACGACUCGCUCCCGACAUAUGCGACGGCACCCAGCAACCCUGCAGGUCAAGGACAGGCAUCACACAGUCACAGAGCAGUCGUCCACAAUCCACAUGCUAUGCCUCGCGCAUCGACAAGCAGUAACACGGGGGCGCGAUCCCGCGGCUAUUACUCGGCGCCGGACGACGCUGUCAACCUGGCCGACCGAACAACUUCGAAUAUUGCUGUCGAACGAGCCCUAGGCAUUUAUCGUAUCAAGAUGCUGCCUUCACGAUCGCCUCCUCGAACACCUAUCAUGCCCUCGCGUAAACGUGUUGCCAGUGCCUCGCCAGCUGUCUCGCCGACGAUCCCCGCGCAUCAACGCACGCGCAGUUGGCUAGCCAGUCUUGGCAAUCUCACAAAAUUUCGAGGAUCGUCGACUCAAGUAUCAGAUCAUUCACAAACUCGUGCCCUUGGCAAUACAUCUCCCAUAUGGUCCGCUUUGCACUCAAACUCACUCAUCACACCCACCAGAUCCAACACCGAUCCCAUGCUUCGAGCUGUGAACGAGUCCAUCCGAUCUCCAGACAGCGUGAGCAACGAAAGGGGACGAUCUCGUGCCGGCUCUGGACAUGGAUUUGCCCAAGACGUCUUCACAGGACAUCCAAACAGCCCGGCGUUCGAUACCGGCAGUGCCAGCGACUCUGCCAAUCCGAAGUUGGCCCACUCGAGGGAAAGGAUGCCCGGCACUUAUCAAUAUCCGUCUGCCGCCUCUUCGCUCGCUCAUGAUGAGAUCGAGCCUCCGAAGACCAGGGAGCCGGCAUGCUUCACGAACUUGGAUGACGCGACGCUUCUGAACAUCACGCACAUGUUAGAACAGAUUUCCCUGCGAGACAUGGUCUCGCUCGAACAGACAUGCCAGAGGACGCGACAUUUGGUUGCAAGGGAUGAAAUCUAUGCCAAGACCGAAGCUGGCAAGACUGCGAAGACCCGACCCUACGUUCUCAGCGUGCUUCCUUGGCUCUGUGUGAUCUGCAAACAGCGCCGCCGCAUCUAUCAUCGCAUCGUACCCCCCAAGCCACUGUGUGAUCUGCAAACAGCGCCGCCGCAUCUAUCAUCGCAUCGUACCCCCCAAGCCAAGGAAGCACGCUGAGAACG